GUCCGUGAAUUGUUUUUUAAGUAGUACGAAACUGCAUUUCCUGAGUUUAGUAGUGCGCAGGACAUUCAACGGUUAAGUGCGUGUAGUAAAAAAUAUUAAAUUUUGCAAGUUCACGAUAUUUACCGAAUUGUUUAAAAAUCUUGCGAAUGUAGAAUAUUCACUAAUAGCGUUUUUUUUUUAUUAAAUUACGCAAUAUGAAGUUCUUUGUUUGUUGCUUUUUUUAUACCGCCAGUGUACUUGCGUUCAAUGAAUACAAAAUUUCAAAAUUUCAAAACCAGUUGGGUGAUUGUGAACCGUUUACAGUGGAAUUCAUAGCGGGACUUGUUACGAAGAAGGCACGUCAAAUACUUGAUCCAGGAUCACGUCCACGCCAAAGGCAAUUAAGAUACGAUCUGUUUACGCGGUUGAAUCCAUACAAACGGGAAGUACUGUUAACUGGCGACCGCAAUCGGCUGCUGGCCUCUAACUUUAAUGCCAGCUGGCCAGUCAGAUUCUCCAUACACGGCUGGAAUGGUCAAACGACUACAUGUUCGAAUGCUGCCAUCAAAGAUGCCUACCUCGCCAAGGGUGAUUACAAUGUAAUUCUAGUUGACUGGACAGAUUAUUCGCUGGACAUCAAUUAUAUACGUGUGGUAGCGGAAAUUUUCGAAAUCGCUCGCAAAUUCAACGAAUUUACACGUUUCCUGCAGAGUCACACCGCCAUACCGUUUAGUGAAAUGUACUUAAUUGCGCAUAGCGCUGGUUGUCACAUAGCUGGUGUGGCUGGAAAAUUACUACAACCAGAUAAGUAUGGCGUCAUCUAUGCACUGGACACUUCCGGGCCCAUUCAUCGCAGAUUGGAUGACAAAUGGCGACUGGCGCCAAUGGAUGCCCUCUAUGUCGAGUCCGUGCAAAGUGAUGUGGCGCUCUUUGGUUUCCCCACCGACAAUCUAGCACAUGCCUCCUUCUAUCCCAACUGGGGGCUAGGUCAACCGCAUUGUCCGAAUGUGACCACAAUGGAGCCGGACUUUACCUGUGAUCAUUUUGGCGCCUUGUAUUAUUUUGUGGAGUCUUUGCGGAAUCCGCGGGCUUUUGGUGCCAUUCAAUGCAAAAAUUAUCAGAGUAUAGAAAGCUACAAGUGCGAUUGCGAUGCGGCACAGUGUACAGCGAGUGCCUAUAUGGGUGGUGAUCCAGCUGUACCAAAGAAGGGCAUCUUUUAUUUUAGCACACGGAAGACAAUGCCUUUUGGUUAUGGGGAGAUAUGUAGAAUGAAGAGACCGAUUAAACCGACUAUAGUGCGGAUACAAUAAUGGAAAAUGUUGUUAAAGAAGUUUUCAUAACUUUAUAUCCAGGAUCAAUUUCUUAUCGGUAGCUGUAAUAAAGACACAUUGAAUUUUAUUGGAGAAGAAAGUAUUAAAUACUUAUACAAACAUACGCGGUUCAGAUUUUCAAAUACAUACAGUACUCUAAUUUGUAGAGGAAUCGUUACGUUUAUGUUUAAAUUUUAAGUUUAAAUAGGUGGCAACCCUCUUCAAUAUAACGCUUUUUUAAACAUAUUUCGUUUUACAUACAUAUUACAGUAUUCCACUAAAGUACACUAAACACUACACUAAAUACACUUAAUUACACUUUUAAAUAGGUGGCAACUUCUUUUCAAAUAUUUUCGACAAAAAAACCGUCUUCAACGUCUUUUGUUUGAUUUGACGUAAUUUUGUAAUAUUUCAGUUAACCUAUUAAUUUAGUUUAAAUUGACAUUCAAACAGGUGACAACCCUUUAUAAAACCAUUUUCGAAACAAAGCUUUCUCAUGCACGUUUCGAUUGGCAUGUAAUACUUUAUUUAACUUAUGAAAAUAUAGGAUUUUACUUUUAAACAGAUGGUAGUACAUUUCAAAAUACUUUCAUUAUAAAGAUUUCUUAAACCCCAUUUAUUAGCCAGCCAUAUUUUAACAACGAAGUAUUAUUUAUUAAUAACAUUUAAUUUAAGUUUUAAAAUAGGUAGCAAUGCUCUUCGAAAGUUUUCCUAAUAAAGCCUUUUUUAAACUUUUGUCAUUUCGAAUGCACAUAAUUGGAAAUAUAACUUUACUUCGCAAUCAGGUGGCAAUCCUAUCAAAGAAAAAAUAUGCUGUACAUUAAUCAAUGUGAUAAGCUGUCUCCAUAAGCUAUCUCACAAACGUUCACAUCUACAAUAGGUCCAUUCAAUAACUUUCCCAGUAAGUACUUGCAGCGAGAGCGUAAAAGAAAAAUAGAGAGUAAAAUUGAG